AUGGGCUGCCUAACAUGGAUCCGAGGUUUUAAAUUAACAUCAUUUCCAUUUCUUCAAGAUAGUGAACUCAACAAAAUAGCUGCAUUCUUCAAUGCUUUCACAUUCUUCUUGACAUGUGCUGCUUUAGCCCAGCCGAGUUGGUUCAGAAUAAAAGGACUGCAUUGCACCCAGAGUCUCUCACUCACUCAAUUCUUCACAUUUGAUGAUGAUGAUGACGAUGAUGAUCAAUUUAUUAUUCAGAACAAGGAACUGGAUCCUUUAAGUAGAUCUGAUUUUAUUGGUCUACAACCAUGUAUAACAACUGAAAUUAUUACGCUCAUGAGAAUCCUUAUACUUUUAUGUUUUAUGGUAUUACUGAGCUCAUGCAUUGGAGUGCUUAUAAAUCUGAUCAAUCAUAAUAGUAAAGCUCUUAAAAUGCUACGAAGGAAUGCUGUACCAAGCAUAAUGUGUGUAUUUUGGGUAAUAGCUAUAGUAGGUGUUUGCUACUAUACUACAGUUGUUUUGGGUAAUGCAAACAACAGUGACCCAAAUACCAUUCAAGUUGAUUAUGAAUACGGAUUUUACACAAUAACUGGAGCAGGUGCCUUAGCUUUAGUGGCAUCUGCAGCCAAUCUAUGGGGUGCUCCGCUUUCAAAUGACGAAGAUGUUCAAAGAAGGAAUCUAAUGGAUGACUGGGAUGGUUAUGAAGCUCAUAGUGUUGGCCCCACGCCAUCAGUGCCUGCAUUACCGCCAUAUACACCGAGUCCAAUUUAUGUACCAACAGUACAUUCAGCUUUCCCAACACCAGUUCUCGGUAAUCAACAGUAUUUCCCAUUUGAUGACCUAUCAGUUUUACCCCCUCCACCGCCAUACACACCAUAG